UUAUCUUAAUUACCCCACCCCACCCCCCCAACACCUCUCUAUAUAUACUCUCGAUAAUAUCCAUCGUCUCAUCGGAUCAAAGCAUACACAAAACCAUGGCAGAAACGAAAGUCACAACGAUGGUGAUUAAGGUGGUUGACCUUGGAUGCGAAAAAUGCCACAAGAAAAUCAAGAGAGUACUGUGUGAUAUCCCUCAAAUCCAGAACCAGACAUAUGACAAGAAGGAAAACACGGUGACAAUCACUGUGGUGUGUUGCUGUCCUGAAAAGAUCAAGAAAAAAAUAUACUGCAAAGGAGGUCCAACUGUCAAGUGCGUUGAGAUCAAGCCGCCACCAGCGAAGAAUUCUAAAACAGAUCCAGAACCAAAACAAAAACCAGAACCAGAACCAAAACAAAAACCAGAACCAAAACCAAAACCAUGCACAUGUUGUGAAAAGUCUUGUAGUUGCCGAAGUAGGUCAGGGUGUGAUGGAUGUGGAGAUGGUUGUUGUAGUUGCCGAAGUAGGUCAGGGUGUGAUGGAUGUGGAGAUGGUUGUUGUAGUUGCCGAAGUAGGUCAGGGUGUGAUGGAUGUGGAGAUGGUUGUUGUAGUUGCCGAAGUAGGUCAGGGUGUGAUGUAUGGGGAGAUGGUUGUUGUAGUUGCCGAAGUAGGGGUUACUAUGUGUGCAGAAGUGCAUAUGUUUGUGAAGAGUACUAUCCCUCGGCGCCAUGCACAAUCAUGUAAAGGUAAAUCAAGUUCAGAAGACCGAUGGUUUGAGUCA